AUGACGUCGUCGCGGGCGCCGGGCCGGGCGCUGGGCCUGGCACGGGCGCGGGCACGGGCACGGGCGGCCCUCCCGGCGCUGCUCCUGCUCCAGGCGGGCGCGCUGGUGGGGGUGGCGCGGGCGAGCGUGGAGGCGCGCCUCUCCCCGGAGUGCCGGGCGUUCCUGUACAGGGGCACGGCGCCCGUGGGCCUGGAGUCCCCCUCGCUGCGGAGGAUCUGCCAGCGCUACGGUGGGCGGGCGCGCUACGUCACCCUCUACGACACCGCCGACCGCGUGCCCGUCUACUCCGCCUACACCUUCAAGCGCUCCGACGGGGAAAGGAGGGCCAACGCCCCCUGGAUGUUCGAGCCGCAGCUGUCCGCGUCUUCGGGAAGCCGGGAGAUGCAGCCGAUGGGGCGGGGCGAGGCGAGCCGGAGCCUGGAGGACGGCCAGGCCGUGCUGGAGGACUACGACGACGCCGCCGGCUACGAGCGCGGGCAGCUCAACCCGGACGAGCACCAGGCCGCCCCCGGCGACAAGGCCGCCACCUACGCCCUCACCAACGCGGUGCCCCAGGCGCGCGAGUUCCGGGCGGGGCCGUGGGCGGAGCAGCUGCACGCCGUGCGCCGCCGCCUCAACAACUACUGCCGGGGCGUGGCCUACGUGGUCACGGGCGUCACCGGCGCGGGUCACGCGAUCCGCCGGCAGAACGCGGACCGCGUGGCCGUCCCCGCCUGCAUGUGGUCGGCCUACUGCUGCGUCGACUUCGACCGCAACGCCCCGCACGAGGAGCGCCACAAGCUGCCCGCCUUCGCCCACUACGGCCUCAACGACAGGCGGAACAACCAGGUCUCCGAGAUGCCCGUCGGGAAGCUGGAGGAGUUCCUGAAGGGCUCCACAUUCGUGGAGAAGAGCUUCCGGAUCUUCGCCGACGACUGCGUGCCUCCUCCCUCCGUGCGUCCGUAGCUCGCUCGCCCGACGGACCCUGGGUCAAAUACGCGUUGGUUUUGGAUUCAAGUACUGAUCUGUGCUUUGCUGAUCUUGUCUGGUGUAUUGGAACCAAAUUUGCAA